GAAUAUUUGGGCAGAAGCUGGAAGACACCGUUCGUUAUGAGAAGCGAUAUGGAAACCAUUUGGCUCCAUUGCUGGUAGAACAGUGUGUGGAUUUUAUUCGUCUGCGGGGGUUGAAGGAGGAAGGACUCUUCCGAUUGCCGGGCCAGGCUAACCUCGUCAAAGAGUUACAGGAUGCCUUUGAUUGUGGAGAGAAGCCACUGUUUGACAGAAAUACAGAUGUGCAUACAGUGGCCUCACUGUUGAAACUCUACCUCAGGGAGUUGCCGGAGCCGGUGAUCCCGUAUUCCAAAUAUGAAGAGUUUCUCUCCUGUGCCAAAAUGCUCAGCAAAGAAAAGGAAACGGGGCUGAAUGAAUUAGCAAAGCAAGUGAAGAAUUUGCCGCUCGUCAACUUUAAUUUACUCAAGUACAUUUGCAGAUUCCUGGAUGAAGUUCAGUCCUAUUCUGGAGUCAACAAAAUGAGCGUGCAAAAUCUUGCAACAGUGUUUGGCCCCAACAUCCUCCGUCCCAAAGUAGAAGAUCCUCUGACAAUCAUGGAAGGUACUGUGGUGGUCCAGCAACUGAUGUCCAUGAUGAUAAGCGAACAUGAGCUGUUGUUUCCCAAGGAUGCAGAGUCCCAAAGUGGACAGGAGGUUUGCAAUAACAACAACGAGGUCCAAAAGAAAGUCAUCAUCGGACAACUCCAGAACAGAGAGAAUAAUAAUACCAAGGAGUCGUCCCCUGUAAGGCGAUGUUCAUGGGACAAGCCUGAAUCUCCACAAAGAACCCUGGUGGACAAUGGAUCUCCUACAGCUCAGCCCGGAAGCAAAUCCAACAGUCCAAGGAACAGCCUUCACAAACUGGACAUGACCAGGAGUCCACCCCUUACGGUGAAAAAAAACCCGGCGUUUAAUAAAGGUAGCGGCAUAGUCACCAACGGCUCCUUCAGCAGUUCUGUAGAGAGUCAGGAGAAGACAUCACCCUCUCUACCCAACGGUACUUUGCAGACCAGGAGAACAUCUUCUCUGAAAGGGCCAGUAACCAAAAUGGGCACGCACAGCGUGCCAAACGGAGGGGUGCGAAUGGGUAUCUCCAGCACUGAUGCCCACAGCAACUCUUUGAACAGCCGUUGCCAGAGCUGGAUGCCUAAUGGCUACGUGACCUUGAGAGACAACAAGCAAAAGGAGCCUAUGAGUGAUUCAGGCCAACACAACAGACUUUCCACUUACGACAACGUGCACCAACAGUUCUCGGCAGUGAACGCCGAAGAUAAGCAGAGCGUGGACAGCGCCACUUGGUCUACGUCCUCGUGCGAAAUAUCCCUCCCUGAACAUUCGAACUCCUGCCGCUCGUCCACCACCACGUGUCCCGAGCAAGACUUUUACGGGAGCAAUUUUGAAGACCCGGUUUUAGACGAGCACCAACAGGACAAUCUCCUGAACCCGGCCGAGGGUGAGAGCAAAGUCGACCGGAGAAGCGUGGGUGGGCGAAGCAGCAGGGCUACGAGCAGCAGUGACAACAGUGAAACGUUUGUGAACAACACGGGCAAUCACAGUGCUUUGCACAGCCUGGUUUCCAGCUUAAAGCAGGAAAUGACGAAACAAAAGCUGGAGUACGAAACGAGGAUAAAAAGCCUUGAGCAGCGGAAUCUCUCCCUGGAGACCGAAAUGAUGAACCUCCACGACGAACUGGAUCAAGAGAAGAAGAAGUUCACGAUGGUCGAGAUCAAAAUGCGCAAUGCCGAGCGGGCCAAAGACGACGCGGAGAAACGGAACGACAUGCUGCAGAAGGAGAUGGAGCAGUUUUUCUCCACGUUCGGGGAACUGACAGUGGAGCCGCGGAGGACAGAGCGAGGGAACACCAUAUGGAUCCAGUGAGGGCUGUUCCCGCCGCUCAACAAGACUGUGGGAUUCUGGGAAGAGGAUAGCUGUGGUAUUUUACUGCAUUGUUUCUCAACCUUGGGGACUUGAAGGGGCGUGGCCUUCAACUCCCAGAAUUCUGGGAGUUGAAGUCCACACCAGUGCUGUGUUCUGGAUCCCAUCACAACUGGUACACUGCGAUGGGGCUAGGCGUCCACCACGGGCACGCGCGCUACACACGCAUGCGCAUCCACCACCUGCGACACUCCAGCUGCUUGGCGGAGCAUCGCACAGGUGCCGUACACUGUACGCGCAUGCACAAAUAGCCCAGUUGGCUUAAAUACAGGUAAGGAACGCGGGAGGGCAAGUGGGCCCUCUAAAGCACCGUUUUGGUACAGUGGCUGCUGCUCCCAGCAGCCACCACUACGCCCGUACCGGGACAUACCGGCCAGAACCCACUACUGGUCCACGCCCUUUCAAGUCGCCAAGAUUGAGAAACGCUGUUUUAUUGUAACAGGUGACUGGUCACCUGACUGAGGCUAGCACUCAAUGUAAUGUUACGAGAUCUCCGGAGACUCUUCAUGACUGCAUCCACCCACCAUAUGUCUGCAAGUUGCUCUCAGUGGAGAAAUCCUUACACCUCAAUCCAUCAUCAUGCUACUGUUACGUGUUACAGCAGGCUUUGGGCAUCUAGAUUUUAAAUAGGUUAUGUGGGACGGGGGAGGGGUACGAUAGAAAGAGGCGAAAGAUUAUUUUAAUGCAAGUCUUAUAUUGAAACUGUCCAAUGUUAACUUCAUUGCAAUCCAGCUUUUUCUCCCUUGCACUUAACAUAGUAAGCUAUUUUUUGGGCCUUGUGUUUAUAAUCAGCUAAUUUUGUAUAUUAUUUCUCUCCCCACCCUUCGGUUGCCCUGUCACUGCAGAAUUAAUUAUAUAAUAUAUAUAGAUAUAUAUAUAUAUAAUAUAUAUGUAUAUUUAUACACA